UAAACAACGAGUUAAACACACAGCUCUCAUUUUUAUUAUUCUACUGGGAAAAUAUGCAUAUGCAUGAUCGAACAAUUUUUAAAACAUGAAACAAAAAGCCUCAUGCAUGUCUUUUAUUUAAAAUAAUACCCUCCCACUAAAAAUAGGUUAAAAUUAAAAAUAUUUUGAAUUGAGAUUAAAGAUCGGGAAAAUCUCUAAAAUUAACUGAUAUGAUUUCCGUCUUCCAAAUUGUGCGCUUAAUAUUUGAUCUAAUAUAUAAGACUCGUGAAGUGUGUGUGCAUGAAUAUGCUGUGCAUGGGAUGACCCAAGCAGUGGACGCUUUUAAGGGCCAGAACUAUGAGAACAUAAAUCUUUGAUAUUAAUACGAGGUUUAACAGGGAGUUAAAAACAUGCUUAUGCAUCAGGCUCGAUCGUUAGCGCUGUAGCUUGUUGUUAGCUUCGCGUUCUCCGGAUGAAUGUUGUUGUUCCGCGUGCUCCUGCGGCUCUGCGCAGUGUGUGUCUGCGGAGCUCCGCCCUCCCUGCGCACUGCGGCCCGCCCAGCGCCCGCUAACUCCCGCUCCAGCCCUGCCCGAGUCUGGGGGAAUCCGACGGCCUGCCUGCCCGGGGAAAAUCUGGAGGCCGCCCCGCGCGCUGAUCUAUGUUGUGCCGUGGCCAAUGAAGAAUAAAGACGAUGAAUGAGGAGGUGACAAGGCUUGCUCUGCGUUCCCAGGAGCCGAAGAUUAUUCUGCAUGGUUCAGAUGAGGGCGGAGCUGGGGAGGAGGAGGAGUACGUGGUGGAGCUCCAGGAGACGGUGCUGGUGUCAGAGGUGGAGGGCGAGGCCGCCUCCGUCCAGGGCUUCUCCUCCGACGAGCUCGUCAUCCAGGACGCAGUAGAGGAUGUGGUCGCCGAGUACGUGCACUGUGACGAUGACGAGGGUGUUGCUGUGGAGACCUGUGUGAUGUCACUGGAGGAAGAGGAGGAUGGUGUUGCCAUGGCAGAGAUGACGGAGGGGAGGGAUGCUGAGCACGACUCGGACGGCUGCGGAGAUUACCUCAUGAUCUCCUUGGACGAGGCGGGGAAGAUGGUGUCUGGAGACGGAGACGAGGUGACCGUCGAGGGGGCGAUAGAUGACCAGGAAGUGGAGAAGGACGAGGACGGACAGGAAGUCAUUAAAGUUUACAUCUUUAAAGCAGACUCUGGAGAAGACGACCUCGGAGAGCCGGUGGAUCUGGCUGAGCCCGUGGUUCGUCCGCUCAGAGAGAAGAUGGUCUACAUGUCUGUGGGAGACGCUCAUCACACACAGACUGAUGGCGGCUCCAAGCUCUCGGACGAGGUGUACAUGGAGGUGGUGGUGGGAGGAGAGGAGCCGGUUCCUCACGACAGAGCGUAUGACAGCACGGCCCUCAGCAAGGACUUCAUGCCGGUCGCGUGGGCCGCUGCAUACGGUGCGGAUGAGGGCUGUGAGAACCGGAACGGAGCAGCGAGCGCAUUACUGCACAUUGACGAGUCAGAAGCACUGGACAAACUCAGCCGGCAACACGGCAAGAACAAGAGACGAGCCGAACCCCGACAGGUCCAGACAGCAAUCAUCAUCGGUCCAUACGGACAGCCUCUUACCGUCUACCCCUGCAUGCUGUGCGGUAAGAAGUUCAAAUCCCGCGGCUUCCUCAAGCGCCACACUCGCAACCACCACCAAGACUUGUUGAGUCGCAAAAAGUACCAGUGCACGGACUGCGACUUCACCACCAACAAAAAGGCCAGUCUGCACAACCACAUGGAGGUGCACGCGCUCAGCAACAAAGUGCCGUUCGAAUGCGAGGACUGCGGUAAGGAGUUCCACCAGCAGGCGGCGCUGUUCUCGCACCGUCUCCAGCACCACCAACAGGAGCAGAAAUCGCCCACGGCCAUCGCGUCGCCGCUUUCUCCCGCCGUUGCAGCCAAGACGCACAAAUGCAAGUUUUGCGAUUAUGAGACUGCCGAGCAAGGGCUGCUCAAUCGCCACCUGCUGGCCGUGCACAGUAAGAGCUUCCCGCACAUUUGCGUGGAAUGUGGCAAAGGUUUCCGCCAUCCGUCGGAGCUAAAGAAACACAUGCGCACGCACACCGGCGAGAAGCCGUACUCGUGCAUGUACUGCGAUUACAAAUCGGCCGACUCGUCCAAUCUGAAAACGCACGUCAAAACGAAGCACAGUCGCGAACUGCCUUUCCACUGCGAGCGCUGCGGCCAAACCUUCAGUGAGGAGGACGAGCUGACGCAGCAUGCAUCCACGCAUGAGGACGCUCGGGGACACCAGUGCAGUCACUGCGACCAUCGCAGCUCCAACUCCAGCGACCUUAAACGGCACGUCAUUUCCGUGCACACUAAAGACUACCCGCAUAAAUGCGCCGUCUGCGGGAAAGGCUUCCACCGGCCGUCCGAGCUUAAGAAACACUCGGCGUUGCAUAAAGCCAAGAAACUGCACCAGUGCCGCCACUGCAACUUCAAAAUCGCAGACCCGUUCGUUCUCAGCCGCCAUAUCUUGUCUGUUCACACUAAGGAGCAGCAACAGCAGGCACAGUCGCCGACUCCGCCCACACAGGCGUCGCCACCUCAAGCCCCGCCCACAGAAAAGCCCGCCCCCAAGAGGACUAUAGGUGCGGCGCAGUUAGCAGCACCCGCUGUAAAGAAAUCCGGCGGCUCGAAGGGUCCACGAGAAAGGAGGGUGUAUCAGUGUCAGUAUUGCGACUACAGCACAGGAGACGCGUCUGGCUUCAAAAGACACGUUAUUUCCAUCCAUACUAAGGACUAUCCUCACCGCUGUCAGUACUGUUCGAAGGGCUUCCGGAGACCUUCAGAGAAAAACCAGCACAUUAUGAGACACCAUAAAGACCUGGUGCCGGCGGAAUGAGCACUUCCCUUUUUCUCAAAACACACUAAACAGCCAGUGAUUGAGAUCACCAUCCUUCAUGUUGGCAACCUCUGUAUUGGGCUUCUCACCAAGACCCCUCAUGCAAAGCAGUUGUGUGUGUUGUGUCUGUAUGCAAGAGACAAAUAGUUGAUUUAGUGAUUUAGACUGGAAGUGCUUUCACAUUGCUUAUGUUCACAUGGUCUGCAGUCUUAAAGGCACAGUUCAGCCUGAAAUGACAUUUCUGUUGUUGUUUAUGCACCCUCCUGUCUUUGUUUUCUGCUAAAGAUAGUUGGCGGGAAAACUGAUUUGGUUCGCAUUGACUUCCAUUGGAACACAAAGAAGAUAUUUGGAAGAAUGUUGGUAACUAAAACCAUUUGGGUUCUCAUUGAAUUUCAUCAUUUGGACAAAAAAAUACAAUUGAAGACAAUGGGAACAGAAACUUUCUUGUGUGGGACAUAAAAUAAGGCAUUUUGUCGAAUGUUGGGAACUAAACCGUUUUGGUUCCAAUGGACUUCUAUUGUUUUUUUUUUUUGUCCAUACAAUGGAAGUCAAUGGGAAGCAAAAUAUAGGACUUUCUUUCUUGUGUGGAACCAUAUACCAUUUUGGUUUCCAUCAACAUUCAUUGGAACACAAAAAGAUGAUAUUUUGAAGACUGUUGGUACUUAAACCAUUUUGGUUCUCAUUGACUCUCAUCAUUUGGACUAAAAAAUUAAAUUGAAGACGAUGGGAACCAACACUUUCUUGUGUGGAACAUAAAAUAAUACAUUUUGUAGAAUGUAGGGAACUAAACAGUUUUGGUUCCGAUGGACUUCUGUUGUUUUGUUUUUUUUGUCCAUACAAUGGAAGUCAAUGGGAACCAAACAUUUCUUGUGUGGAACACAAAAGAAUACAUUUUGUAGAAUGUUGGUUCCAAUGGACUUCUAUUGUUUUUUUGUCCAUACAAUGGAAGUCAAUGGGAACCAAAACAUAGGACUUUCUUCCAACAAUAUGUUCUGUGCCAUUUUAGUUCCCAUUGAACCCAAAAUGAAGCAAUUUUGAAGACUGUUGGUAACUAAACCGUUUUGGUUCCCAUUCACUUUCUUUGUAACACAAAAGAAGAUAUCUUGUAGAAAGCUGGGAAAUUAACAUUAAUGGUUCCCAUUGAUUUUCCAUUGAAGGACAAAAGAUUAAAUGGAAACCGAAAAGCUAUGGCUUUCUUCUGUGGAAGAAUGUUUGGAACUAAAUGGUUUUGAUUCCCAUUGACUUCCAUUGAAACACAAAAGAAGAUAUUUUAAGAAAUGCUGGGCGCCGAAGAGCUUCGGUUCCCAUUGACUUACUUCCAUUGCCUUUUUUGUCAAUACAAUGGAAGUCAAUAAGAAUGGAACAUUCUUCAAAACAUAUUAUUUUGUGUUCCACAGAUGAAUGAAAGUGGUUUGGAAUUUACAUUUUUGGGUGGUCUAUCCCUUUAAAUAAUAAGUAAAUUAUGACACUUCAUUUUGGCUGGAUUGUUCCUUUAACUUCAGAUGCAUUUCAUGUAUCUUAACGGAUGAAACUAACCCGUUGGCCUCUGGGAUCAGGUGUGUAUUCCUGAAGCAUUUUAGAGUAUUAAAAGCAAACAUAUCCUCUCUGAAAUGCUUUAUGAAUAUUGGACAAUGUGAUUGAUCUUGCACUUUACCAGAAUGCCUGUCUGAUUGCUAGCUGUUUGAAAAACAUGGACACCAGGAAAUGUUUUUAUUGUUCAGAUUAAUACCAGGCUGUUUUCCUUUGGCACUGAGGACAUUGCCUUAUUUUGCAACCUCUAGGGGAUAUCUGGUCUCUCAAACCUUUAAUGAUCGCAAAAAGAGCACAUGAUCUGAUCUGAUGAAGACGAUGAGGGAAAAACAGAUGCAGCAUCAUCUGUAUUGACCAAUAUAUCUGAAACGAAUAGCUCACCAUGAAAUCAAAAAAGCCAUUUACUCUCCAAACAUGAAAUCGUAGUCCUCUGAGUCCAGAUGAAAUGUUAGUUUUAGCUCAAAAUCAAGCUUUCAUGUGAAUUCACGUUUGCUCGGUUCCUUAGAAGUGUGAAGACUUGGAAUAUUUAAUGUUAAAAAGUUGUGUAGUCUGUUUUUAUGGUGCUUCCACAAAUGCUUUCACUGUAUGAGAAACAUAUUCUUGGACAUUCAGCUUGUCUUUUUAUGACCCGUAGAAGAUGAAAAAAGUAAACGUUUGAAACUACAUGGAGAAAAACUUUUUAUUUUUUUGGUGAACUAUUCUUUAAAGGUUUACGCAGAACUAAAUGUCUUCUGCAUUACUUGCUGGAUCAUGAAUGGUUAUUUUAAAGUAUCUCUGGUGUUUUGGCUCUGUGAGACCAGAUAACCCCUUUAGAAAGAUUUUAAUCAUGCAAACGUAAUGUUUUCUUAAGUUGUAAGAUGACCCUUAAUGUAUUUCACUUGGAUGUUUGGGACCACAGAGAUGUGAACUAAAUAAAUCUCAUGUAAAGAGCAUGCCUGGGUCAAAUUAAACCCCAAAACCAUGAGAAAAAAACAGAUUUUCCCUCCUAAAUGUAUGCUAAUUUAAAUACAAAUCAUUUUAUUGCAGUAGAUUUUUAUUUUAUGUAUUUUUUUAUCUUACUUUACACCGUGAUGUAAACAACCAUCGUAAAAAUAAACAAUAAAUUAUUAAAACUAAAAAAAAAGCACCUGAAAAAUAAAUUUGGUUGUGCAACAAUUUCCACUCAUUAAAUUUCACAAUUAAUUACAAUGAAACACUGAAAUAGAUGUGACAUUUUAAAUAAAGACUUACAUAGUACUCCAAUCUUAUUUAUUGACAGUGUAUUAUCAUCUUCAUACGUCAGUGAUUCACAUUUAAUUCAAUGUGUUACAUGCUCACUCUUCAUAAAUAUUUAUGAAUUUUAAUAGCAAAAAUAAAAUAAAAAUAUUUACCGCAAUGCAAUGAUUUGUAUUUAAAUUUUCACUAGUGUUAAAAAAAUACAUUAAUUAUGUUGCGAUGCAAAAAUAGUUUCAAAAUAGAAUUAAUCAUUUGUUUCUCUUUAGUUUUUGGGGUUAAAUUUUACCUGAGCAUUUUUUUUUUUUUGAGAUUCAGCCAUAUGUAAUCUUUUUAUAUUACAGAAUGCCAAUCAAAAAAAAAAUAAUAAUAAUGACCUCUUUGAAGCCAAUUUUAUCCAUGAUGUGCAGGUUUUAUUUGAUUUAAAAAUGACCAAUUACAAAUGAUCUUUAUGUAUGUAUGUAUGUUUAUGGUUUCUACUCAAAGCAAUGCAUCAGAUAUGUUUGCCGUUGCCAAUAACCUUUUCUCCUGGUGACUCUCUCGUCUUGCCGACUUCAUAGUGCUGGUCCUGUUUGGCUGCGUUCACAAUGCAAAUACACACUAAUGCGCACUAUUUGUCUUAACUAGGCUGGCAUCCUUUACUAGAGACAAAAAGCUGGAAUCGACAAGGUGAGUCGUGUUGGAAAUGCACUGUUUUGUGUUUGUAUGUACCGUGAAUCGGAUCAAAUAACGCUUAUUCGGGUCACUAUUCCACUGAUGGAUGAUGUCACAUCCAGCUUGCAUGUGAUUGGCCGGGGGUUUCCAGAGGAAGCACUGAAGCAGCGUCUCUUUGUGUCCGAACAGCACCAUGAUUGCAAUGAUUGGAGGAAAGGAUGGCAUUGGUCGAGAAGGCCCUUCCUCUCUCUUCUCUCUCCCUGUGAUCAUUUUUAUACCGCAGAUAUUUAUUUGGUCACCGUUUGAACUUUGUUGUAUAGUUAAAUGUAAGUAGGAAUCUAUGGGACUAUAACUUAUUGUUUUGUACACAGAGAGAGUGUAGAUGUUAAUACUUCGGAAAGAGGAGUUUGUGUUGUCAUGGAUGUAUCUUCACAUUUGUUUAUAAAAUGACAAAACAGGAAAUAAAAGGCAAAGUAUUUUCCUGCA